UUCAGGCAUUGUGGCCUUGCUGUUAUCAAUGCCUUUUCCAAUGUGGCUGCCAAUCUGAAGGGAGAGACUCAGCUGCAGGAUUACUUAGUGCGUUUGUUGGAACUGUUUGUACAGCUGGGUUUAGAAAGCAAGAGAGCCAGUGAGAAAGCACCAGUUGCUUUCAAGGUCCGUUCAUGAAUCAGCCUGUUGUACAGACUGAGGAACUAAGCUUAUGGAAAAGUCCAUCUGCAAAACAGGAGGGAAAUCCUUGUUCUGGGCUUCCACCGAUGUAGUAUAUUUGAGUAUGACCAUGAUUGGACUGUAAAACAUCCCAUGAUUUUUGAUUUGCCAGUUGGGUUGAGGGAAAAUUUGAAACAUUUCCAUUAAUUCAUUGAGACCAUUUGGGGCCCAGAACAAGGAUAUUGGCCCUGUUUCGCAGAUGUUACUAUAAACUGAAGUUAGAUUAUGUCUGUGAGGCAGGCUAUUCAUGAGUAAUAAAGUUCUUCUACAUAGGACUUUUGGUUUGUAAUCCUUCCUUUAGCAUUAAAUGAAGGAUGAUCAUCGCAGUUGUACAUGCAACUUUUGCAGUUGUGAAAAGAAAGCCUGAAAAAAAUUCAGGCUUGUAUACGAUUCGAACCCUUGACCUCUGUGAUACCGGUGCAGUGCUCUAGCAAUUAAGCUAACAAGCCUUUAGCAUUACACACACCAGCAGAUAAGCAGGUCUUGACCUGUGAAAUCUGGAGAUUUUAUUCCUUAAUCUAUUUAUUAGCCCCAGGCUAUCAAACAACACAUUGGUCACGCCCUAACUCAGGAAGCGAGUGUCUGCAAGUAAGCUGGCAGCUUAGGAGAAUGGUUUUUGUAUUGAAGAGAGUUGAAAAGGCAUUUUGUCAAACUAUUUUUAGCUGAUCAUUGCCUAUUUUAUCCUUCUAGGCUUCAUCCAGUGCUGGUAACCUUGGUGUCCUUAUCCCUGUCAUCUCCAUUGUAAUGCAGCGACUCCCUGUCAUUACUGACCCCAAGCCUCGCCUGCACAAGUUAUUCCGUGACUUCUGGCUUUACUGUGUUGUCAUGGGUUUUGGUGUUGAAGGUUCUGGUUUGUGGCCACAUGAGUGGUAUGAGGGAGUGUGUCAAAUUGCAUCAAAAUCCCCUCUACUCCUCGGCACAGGCCAUUUGAGAUCAGAACUGAUGUACAAUUCAGCUUUGAGGAAUGAUGCUGUGAAUCCUGUAAGUGAUAUUGUUAUAAUAUAUGUCAGUAAUUUAUUGUGCUCCUGAUUGGCUACCAUGGAUACUUUAAGGAACCUGUUUGCUCUAGAAAUACUGCUGUUAAAAGGGAAAAGAAGUAAAAUAAAAGAAAUCAUCACAGAUGUUCAUUUUUUAACUUUACUCCACCCGAACCCAAACCCAUUUAGGCACUGGAAAACUUAAAAGCUGGAGAUAGAGUCCUCAAUUAAAAAGGUGUUCCAGGGAAGCAAUCCAAUCACCAGCAUCAUCAAACUAUCAUCCUCAUCAUCAUCAUCAUUAUCAUCAUCAUCAUUGUCAUCAUCAGCUUUACUGCCAUACAUGUACUCUUCAGUAACAGCAUAGCUGACUUAUGAUAUUAAACAGCACAUAUCUACUUUUUUCUGUAGAGUGGCCUCAACCAAGUAAAGCAUCUGCUUCUUCCUACCCUUCUGGCCCUGUAGCUCCUAAAUUUGUCAGCCUUGGGGUUGUUAGACUAAUAUUUGACCAAAAAAUUUGUGCCACACAGUAGAACUUCUCACAGUCAAAUGUUAGUUUUUACCUAUUCUAAUUUUGGCGAUUUUUGCAGUUUUUCCAGCGAUCCACAAAAAGAAAUUCCUGCAAAUAAAAAUUGCCACAAACAUUUUUCCUGCAAAAAUUUACUCCAGAGUAAAUUUUCUAACUUAAAUUCACUAUACAAAAAUACAGUACUAAGAAAUUGUGUCUGUUCAAUCACAACUGAAAAUAUGUAUUUCUAUUGCACGUACUCAAUAAAAACGAAAAUAUUAUCAAUGUUGGGUACUAAGUACUUUCUGAAAAUCACAAAAAGUAAUUCCCAGAAAGAAAAACCAAUCUGUCCUAAUCGCAAAAAUUAGUUCUCGCAAAACACAAAAAAAUUGCUAAUCUGCAAAAAUAAACUCCUGCAAAAAUUUUGUGCCACAGGGUAUUCUUUUAUUAUUGCUAGACAGUUGACAUUUUUUUUGUAAGUUGAUGCGUGUUAACUGUUUUUGCAGGCUGAAUUGAAUGAGGUCCGCACUUCUCUGCUGGAAGCUCUGAGUAAUCCUGCCGAGAUCAUUCCACUGGUGAACAGACUGAAUUUUGGACAGUGUACAUACCUGUUGUCUGUUUAUCGGUUGGAAUCUCUACGGGUGUCAUCUGAUCCUGGCAAAUUUUAUUCCAUCUUUGACUAUUUAGAGGACAAAGCCAUUGAAAAGGAUAAAGCUGGUGAGGAAGAACCUUUUAACAAUUAUUCGUCAAGCCUGAAUGGGCUCUGAGUCAAUAGCCCAUUCAGCCUUCGGCCUCAUGGGCUAUUGACUCAGAGGCCAUGAGGGCGAGAGGAAUGAUUGUUUUGGUAAAAUCCAACUAGUUGGUCAAAAUUAUUGAGAAUGAAAAAAUGUAGCUAGUUAAAGCUAGACUUUAAUCCCUUUUUGCCGCCAAAAAGCCCGCACUUUUUGCUACUAGGGGCUAUAACACAGAGCCUAGUAGUAGCUCAAUCAAUCUGAAUGCAGCAUUGAUAAUAGACCACUAGUUGGAUUUUACUAAUAUUAUUAUUACCAUUUACCCAUUGUGAACUGUAUUAUGAUUAAUCAAAAUUUGCUGGUAUUAUUGUUCAAUUAAAUAGGUUAGGAUUUUCUUUUGUUGUGUGCUUUUUACUUUUCCCUUCUCAGUAACAGUUUAUAUUCAUGUAGAAGAUGUAGAGUCAAGAAAGGACUGUUAUUUAUAUAAUUUUGAAAUAAUUUUCCUCACUUUUAUAAGUUGUCCUUUAAUACUUUUUCCCCAUGAUUGUUCAAGGAAUGUGGCAGUGUAUUUCUGCUGUUGGGGACAAAGUUUUCUCCGUGUUUCUUGACGUCAUGUCAAAAAAACCAAGGACAACCAAGAGGGAAGAUGAAUUAGAAACACAUGCACAGUUUUUGCUUGUCAAGUUCAAUCAUCUGCAGAAAAGGAUCAGACGUGUUGCUGACAAGUAUCUCUCAUCCUUUGUUGACAAGUAA